AACAGAAACGGUUCUGAUUUCACCAUUCUGUUGGAGCAGAUGCUGGAAGCCUUCGCGAAGUCAGUAUGAGCAAAUGAGGAGGGAAGAGGAAGAGGAAGAAGAACGUAACUAUAUCUGGAGCAGAGACCUCGACAAGCAUUUUUAUGGCGACCUAUCGUUCGCGAUAGUGCAGGCUAAUCAAACUCUCGAGGAUUACAGCCAGUAUGACACUGGCAAGGAUGUCUUGUUCGCCGGAGUGUACGACGGCCAUGGCGGCGCCGAGGCCGCAAAUUUCAUUUCCAUUCACCUUCUCAGACACGUAGCCAGAUUUGCUCAAGAACAUCGAGAGGUGAAUGCGGAGGUUCUUUCAAACGCAUUCACUGAAACAGACAAAGGAUUCCUUGCUCUAGUCGGUAUGGUGUUUAAGAAUCAACCAAUAAUUGCUGCAAACGGGUCGUGUUGUAUUGUUGGGGUCAUCUGGAGGGGGACAUUAUACGUUGCUAAUCUUGGCGAUUCUAGAGCUGUACUUGGCACCUUAACCGAGUCGGGGAGACUUAAAGCAGAACAGUUAACCAGAGAGCACAAUGCCAGCUAUGCAGAUAUCAGAGAAGAACUGAGGUCUUUGAAUCCAGGUGAUGAAAACAUUGUGUAUCUCAGACAGGGAGUGUGGCGUAUUAAAGGCAUUAUACAGGUUUCUAGAUCCAUUGGGGAUGCAUAUCUGAAGAGACAAGAGUUUGCUCUUGACGCCUCAUACCCAAAGUACCAUCUCCCAGAACCCCUCACUAGGCCAGUGCUAAGAUCUGACCCAGCUAUAUUUUCAAAAAACCUGACACCAGCUGACAAGUUUCUUAUUAUUGCAUCCGAUGGGCUGUGGGACCACUUGAGCAAUCAACAGGCUGUCGACAUUGUAAAUAGUAGCCCAAGACGGGGCAUUGCCCGCCAACUUAUAAAGGCAGCUCUGACGGAGGCAGCAAGGAAAGCCCAUAUGAGCUAUGAAGUGCUUAAGCAGGUUAGACCGGGGAACAGGAGAAUGUUCCAUGAUGAUAUCACAGUAUUUGUCAUCUUCAUAGAUCACCAGUUGAUGGAGGCAGGAGUGGCUUACCCGGUUUUGUCAGUUAAAGGAACCAAAGGCGUCGUGAACCCUGAUGUUAACCUUGAGUAUGGCAUUGAAGUUGGUGAAUCAUCACAAACAGGGCGAAGAUCAAUUGGUCAAUCAUCACAAGCAGGGCUAAGAUCAAUUGGUCAAUCAUCACAAGCAGGGCUAAGAUCAAUUGGUCAAUCAUCACAAACAGGGCUAAAGUCAAUUGGUCAAUCAUUACAAGCAAGGCUAAGGUCAUUUCGUCAAUCACCAGACGCAGCAGGGAAAGGGAAAGGCAAAAUUGGUCAAUCAUCAGAAGCAGGGACAAGAUUAGUUUAUCAAUCAUCACUAGCAAGGCCAUUUGGUCAAUCACCAGAAGUAGCAGGGAAAGGGAAAGGCAAAAUUGGUCAACCAUCAGAAGGAGAGCCAAGCUUAGUUGAUCAAUCAUCACAAGCAGACACAAGAUUAGUUGAUCAAUCAUCACAAGCAGAGACAAGAUCAGUUGAUCAAUCAUCAGAAGAGACAAGAUUACUUGAUCAACCAUUAGAAGCAGAGCCAAGCAAAGAAGCAGAGCUCCCUGCGCCUGCAGAAUAGCCUUAUCCCUCCAUCCUGAUCUGAUUCAAUUUUUGGAACUCCAUUUCUGAGGUUCAGAUAUAACAUCAUCAUAGGGGAACAUACAUUUCUAUAGCAUUUUCACUUACAACUUCAUAUUCAGUAGAGACAACAAAUUGAACCAUUUUCUUAUUUUGUUCUCUUUUAGUAUCAAUUUCAUCUUCAUCUUCACCCUUCAUGAUUGGAGAUGUUUUGAUGAUAAUAUUGCUUCUACCCAUUUACUGUACAGUUCUUCUCAGUUGGUUAAUACAUUUAGAAGGGUACCUCUGCUCUUCAUUGUUAUCCUUCAAGCUUUUGACCU